AUAUCUAAUGUUGGAAUUUCAGGGAAUAUCUUCUUUACCUUUCCUGUUUGGGGUUUCAGGUGUAAGAUUUGUACUUUUCUCGUGUGUUUUCAGUUCUACACAAAAAAUAAAGUUUGGCAUUCAUUUGUUAUUCGUUAUGAGUUAGCUAAACUGAAUAUUAAUAAUUUGAUCAUAUGUGAUGGUCCGCCUGACGUCAAAGCUGACCCACCCCCUCUGAGAGGACAGCAGACCAUCUGUCCUCCUGGUUAUUGUCUCACCGUCUGUCCCGGAGCCUCCAGGCUGCAGAGGAACAUGCGGACAGCGGCGCUCCUACCGGCCGCGGCGCUGGCUCUGUUUGCCGCAGCGCUGUGCGCCACACGGGCCGAGGUGAUCGAUGACAUCCUGGGCAGCCUCUCCCGCGGCGUGUCCUUCCUGGAGCGGCAGCAUGAGCACAUCAACCUGGACGGGGCGGUGGGCUUCGUCAUGAUGCAGGCUGAGCUGAAGGAAGCAGUCCAGACUUGGCCUCACACAGACUCGGUCAGCUGGGCUCAGAGGACCACCACAGUCGCUCUGCUGAAUCGUCUCGAUCAAAGCCUGGAAAAGGCUGUCACCGCUUUGAAGCUGAAUGACCCCAAAUACUACAGAGAGUUUGAGCCCCUGCUGACUUCGACGUUUUGGAUGAUUCCUCAGGAAUGGCGCUCCACAGAUCCCAGUCUGGUUUAUCCCUCCACCUUGACAUCCGAGUGUUAUGAUGAGCAGCUCAGCGAUAAGUGCCUGACGCUGCUGCUGGGGACCUGGAAGAUGAACGGGACGCCCUGCAUUGUCACCAAACCCUGCCGGGACACCAUGACUCAUUUUGGUUGUCCACAUUACUCUCUGUCCCACCAGCUCCUCUACUUUAUGAUUGGCCGAAUGAGAGGGUGUAACAACUUGUUGAAAGGUGACACUCGAGCAUCCCGAACCAACAUGACUGAACAAAACUACCAAGACAUCUUCUGCUCCAACAUGAUGAAGGCCAACCAGGACAUCAUCGCUAAUGGUUUAACCGAACAAACGGUCGACAUCUUCAUUGAAAACAUCAUGAUUUGUGGAUUAGUUGGUUUCUCUGACUUCCACAAAACCGACUGGCUGCAGCACAUUCUCAGGCUGCAAGACGAUGAAGUCGGCUGUUUCGGGAGGGACAAGAGCUUCGUCUCCCAGGUUAUUGGAGAUGAGCUUCUGGAGCAGCUGCAGCCUCACAGGAGAGUAAAACGGAGGGAGAAGAUACUUCCAGAUGGCUGUUCCAGUCACAUGACGGCGGUGGCGGUCGGCGCUCUGGGAGGAUACCUGAACUUCCAUCUGACAGAGCAGGACAUAACGAAGAGGCCUCUGUCCUGAACCGCAGGGGGCGGAGACAGACUGUUGACUUAUUUUAUGAACAUAUUUGUGAUGAUGAUUCUUUAAAAAAAUGCUGGCAAGUUUGUGUCUUUUUUCACAUAAAAUAGGAUUAAAUUCAGCUAAAUUAAAAGUAAAACAUAUCUUAAACAAUAAAUAUAAAAAUAUUUGUGUCUGUGAGAAACGUUUCAGCUGUGACAUGACAAAUAAUCCAGAUUGUUACCACAUUUCUGCAUGCGCCCACCCUGACGGCAAGUUUAUCGCGUUUUAAUUCAGUGCUUCAAAUUACCGUAAAAAAACAGCAGUUUUCCUUCUCCGACCAGCUUGGUCAGAGUCAGAUGUAAAAAGGUGCAGAACAUGUUUUAUUUUUUAUUUACUGAAGAAGCAGAAAUGUUUGUAAUAUGUGGUGUUAGAUGGAGUUUAGCAGAAAACAUCUUCAGGAAUUUUCUCCACCUUUAAACUAAUUUCAGUUCAAACCUCCAUAGUCAUGUUAAAGCAUCUGUAUUUGAAAUGCAUAUUUUAUUUACAUUUACCCACACAUACGACUUGUUAUCAUAAUAACCUGUUUAUUCUUAAUAAAUGAUUGUUUUUCUUUACACAUCAA